GGCGCAGCCCAUCUUGUUGAACAGUUGAGAAUUGCCGGCGGUCGGGCAACUAAAGAAACCAUAAGGUUUCUAUUGGAUUCAACAAGGAUACUCGAUUAUUUCUGAUUUCUCACGCCGCCAGCAGGACAUAUCAACAUGGUGGUGGUCGCAGCAGGGACCGGAGGGUCUCACAAAGUGCUCCUGAUUUCCGGGAAGCAGACCGGCUCCUCUAACGGCUCACAGUCAGGCUUCAACCGGCCCAUCUCUGUCGUUUUACCGUCAUCUGCCAGCCCGGCGUCGUCGGAUUCAGACUCCAACUCCUCUGCGGGGCCGCCGAUACGGAAAAGACAGAGGCUCACACACUUGAGUCCGGAGGAGAAAGCACUUCGCAGGAAACUCAAGAACAGAGUCGCAGCUCAGACAGCCAGAGACAGGAAAAAGGCCAAAAUGGGGGAGCUGGAACAGCAAGUCCUAGAGCUGGAGCUGGAGAAUCAGAAACUUCACAUCGAAAACAGGCUGCUUCGGGAAAAAUCAACUGGCCUAAUGACAGAAAAUGAGGAACUGAGACAGAGACUUGGGUUGGACACCCUCGACUCAAAAGAGAAGGUUCAGGGUUUGUUAUCCACCGGGAACGACACAGGUUUUGGGAUCGGGUCUUCUGAGUCCGCAGCACUCAGGCUACGUGUGCCUCCGCAGCAGGUGCAGGCCCAGCAGUCCCAAAAUCUGAAGACUUCUCAAUGGAUACAGAUGGUCCUGACCCUACAGACAAUGAGUCUGAUUUGCUCUUGGGCAUUCUGGACAUCCUUGACCCAGAGCUGUUCCUCAAGUCUUGUGAACAGGAGUGCCAGGAGCCGCAGGUGCUGCUGGUCGGAGGGGGGAACCCAGUACCUGCCGCCGCACCUGCGACUCUGGGGGCCCCAUCAGUUAAGCUGGAGGCCCUUAAUGAACUGAUCCACUUUGACCACAUCUACACCAAGCCCGUGGAGGAGGUGAGCAGCGGGCAGUACAACGACUCGGAGAGCGACACAGAGGAGAAGAUCGACGGCGCAGCCUUCCCCGUCGUCGACGUGGUGGUGGUGGAGGAGGAG